GCAAAAUCUACGUAUCAACACAUCCGCCAGGUGGACAGCUGUCUGAGACAUUUACAGCUAAAUAUGAUUAAAGCUAUUUUAAUAUUUAACAACCAUGGGAAACCACGACUCAUCAGAUUUUAUGAAUAUUUUGCUGAAGAUGUGCAACAGCAGAUCAUUCGAGAGACUUUCCAUCUGGUGUCGAAGAGGGACGACAACGUCUGCAACUUCUUGGAGGGGGGAAGUUUGAUCGGUGGCUCGGACUACAAGUUGAUCUACCGGCACUACGCAACACUGUACUUUGUGUUCUGUGUGGACUCCUCUGAGAGUGAGCUCGGUAUUCUGGAUCUAAUACAGGUGUUCGUGGAAACUCUGGACAAAUGCUUUGAGAACGUCUGUGAACUGGACCUCAUUUUCCACAUGGAUAAGGGGGGCUUCUCUGCAGCGCCGGCGCGGGCUGUCUCCGCCGUCAAGAACAUCAACCUCCCAGAAAUGCCUCGCAACAUCAACAUCGGAGACAUCAAUAUCAAAGUGCCCAGCCUCUCUCCCUUCUGACCAGGGAGCGGAGCAGGGGCUAGGCCCAAACGGCACCCUAUUCCCUAUAUAGUGCACUACUUUAGACCAGAGCCCUAUGGCACCCUAUUCCCUAUAUAGUGCACUACUUUAGACCAGAGCCCUAUGGAACCCUAUUCCCUAUAUAGUG